CUCUCUCUCUCUCUCUCUCACAAGAAGGUUCCCGGACUCCAAAGCAGACCAUUGAGCUUACGGAGGCCAGCGCAGUGGCUUCUUUUACGUGCCCUUGGUAGCGCGAUUCAUACUGCAUCGAUCUGGUCCCCCGCCGGCGAUUGAUAAGGAGCAGGAGUCUGGUAGCCGAUCUGGGAGGUGUUCGCCAUGGCGUUAGCCGAAGUCAAGGCGGGGACGGAGGGGAAGGGGUGGGGGAUUUGCCGGCUGCCUUUCUUCGGCGGCGGGGGCGGAGGUGAUGGAGGAUCGUCGUCCAACUCUUCGUCGACGUUCAUUUUGACGCAUAGCCACCAUUACCGAUCGUCGGGGCAGGGCCAGACGGGGCAGGUGGAGGGAGGGGCCGCAGCGGCGCAGGCCGGAAGGCGCAGCUCCGGCGCCACCUCGGUGUCGUCGGUUGCCAGGUCGCUGCUGCCCACCAGACGCCGCCUUCGGCUCGAUCCGCCCACCAAGCUCUACUUCCCUUAUGAACCUGGAAAACAGGUGCGAAGUGCAGUCAGGAUUAAGAACACCAGCAAGUCGCAUGUGGCAUUUAAGUUUCAAACAACUGCACCAAAGAGCUGUUUCAUGCGUCCUCCUGGAGGUAUACUCUCCCCAGGGGAGAGUAUCAUUGCUACUGUUUUCAAGUUUGUUGAGCAACCAGAGAAUAAUGAAAAGCCAAUGGAUCAAAAGAGCAAGGUUAAGUUCAAGAUUGUUAGCUUGAAGGUGAAUGGUCCUAUGGAAUAUGUACCAGAGCUAUUUGAUGAGCAGAAAGAUCAGGUUGCAGUAGAGCAAAUUCUGAGGGUUGUCUUCCUGGACCCAGAUCACCCCUGCCCUCAAAUGGAGAAGCUGAAGAGGCAACUGGCUGAGGCUGAGGCCGCGCUGGAGGCACGCAAGAAGCUCCCUGAAGACACAGGUCCUCGGAUUGUUGGAGAAGGACUGGUUAUUGAUGAAUGGAAAGAAAGAAGAGAACGAUAUCUUGCUCAGCAGCAGCAGGUGGAAGGGGUUGAUUCAGUUUGAAGUGUUGGCCAAAGAAAUUAGUCUGACAACUUAUCAGUGGGAGCUAUUCUGGCUGCUAUAUCAGAUUAGUAGAAUUGUAAUUGCUGAAUGAUUGGCUAACAUCAUGAACGGGAGCUAUUCUGGCUGCUGUAUCAGAUUAGCUGAAUUGUAAUUGCUGAAUUAUAGGCUAACAUCAUGAACCAAAGGAUACAAAACCAUUGCAGGGAAACCAUUGUUCUUUUGGCACCCUCCUCGAUAGAACAGUAAGAUCCAUUGAAUUAUUUAUCGGAAA